AUGCCCAUCGACACCCUCGUCGCCGUCGUCCGCGCGCGCGCGUCGCGCGACAUCGAACCUCAGAACGCACCCGCGUUCUGGUUUUCGAUGUCAUUUAUGGAAAAGGGUGCACACAUUUGUGCACCCGUUCUGCCGCAAUCUUCGAUUACCGGUUUUACCCCUCCCGACCCCUCUCCGCCCAUCCCUCCUUCACCAGGCUGUCCGCUGUCAAGCGGACGCCUGCGCCUGGGCUCUACGAGCUCCAAGACGUUGACGAGAGCGAGCCACUACGUGGCUCUUGCUCGUCGAUGUUGUAUCUCAUUCUUUGUCACCCUCCUCCCCACCUCCCCCUUCCGACCCUCGCGCCGGCUCCGGAAGGCCCCCAAACGCCCCACGUCCGAUGUCCCCCAUUUUAUACACGCCGUGGGCAGUGCGACUGGCUGUAGCUCGCUGUCUGGGCCGCCGCCGCCGCCGCCAUCGUCGCCGUCGCCCUCCCCGCCGGUAUCCUUCAAGCCGACCUCAAAAUGCAACGCCCCGCCUUAA